AUGGCUGGAUCUAAGUUCGCAUAUGUGCGGAAUUUCGAGUUACCGGAUCCUCUUCUCCCAGAGACCUUCAUGGUCUUCCGACUAGACGGGCAUUCCUUCCAUAGAUUCUCAGAUACGCAUAACUUUGUAAAACCCAACGACAAACGCGCACUCGAGCUCAUGGAUUACGCCGCCCUAAGGCUGAUGGAGGAGUACCCCGACAUCGUUCUCGGCUUCGGUGAGUCCGACGAAUACAGCUUCCUCCUUCGCCGCUCGACGAACAUGUACAACCGCCGACAGAGCAAAAUCGUGACCACCCUCACGUCCUUCUUCACCUCUACAUAUGUGAUGUAUUGGUCGAAGUUCUUCCCGUCUACUCAAUUGCAAUAUCCACCGUCUUUCGACGGGCGUAUCGUCUUGUAUCCUGCCGAGCAGCAUAUUCGGGAUUAUUUUGCGUGGCGACAAGCAGACACACACAUCAACAACCUUUACAACACCGUCUUCUGGGCACUCGUACAGCAGGGUGGACUUACAACGACAGACGCUCAUGCUGCUCUGCGCGGAACGAUAUCGAAAGAGAAGAACGAGAUCUUGUUCUCCCGCUUCGGUAUGAACUACAACAGCAUUGACGAGCGGUACCGCAAGGGCAGCGUGCUCGUCCGCGAAGAGUCCACUGCAGACAAUCAAGCAGACGACUCUUUCACAUCAGAAACGUCCAAGCCCAAGAAAAAGAAGAAAGCCAAAGACAAGCCGUUCACCCAAAUUGUAUUGCUACAUUGCGACAUCAUCAAAGAUGACUUCUGGGCGGCCAGGCCGUAUCUUCUGCGAGAAUAG